UACAAAUUUUCAUUUAUUGUUUCUUUUAAAUUACUUUACCAUUUCUCUGUUUAAUUUAGGCAUGAAGAAAAUGGUUCAAUGGAGUUCAUUUUUGUACUUAGUUUUAUUAUUGCUAAGCACCACUCAGUUAGCAAAUGGAAAAUGGUAUAGAAAUGAUAAGAAAUUGGGGUUUGUGUCAUUUUAUGUUGAUAAAUCAGGGCAUGCCAAUUUUUCUACUAUACAGUCUGCUAUAGAUUUUGUUCCAUCAAAUAAUAAACAUUGGGUAUGCAUCUACAUCAAGGCUGGUAUUUAUAGGGAGAAGGUGAAGAUCCCAUAUGACAAGCCAUACAUAAUACUAAAAGGAGAAGCAAAAAGAAGAACUCAAAUUAUUUGGGAUGAUCAUGAUUCAACUGCCCAAAGCCCUACUUUCACGUCUUUGGCAGAUAAUAUUAUAGUCAAAAGCAUUAGAUUUGUGAAUUCAUACAAUUUAUUUAACAGAAACAACCCCAGAGUUCCGGCAGUUGCGGCCAUGAUCACCGGAGAUAAGUCAGCAUUUUAUCGAUGCGGUUUUGCCGGAGUACAAGAUACAUUGUGGGAUGAUCAAGGUAGACAUUACUUCAAAAAAUGCACCAUUCAGGGUGCUGUUGAUUUCAUCUUUGGUAGUGGCCAAUCUAUUUACGAGGGCUGUGCCAUACAAGCAAUAGGAGAUGGGUAUAUAACUGCACAAGGAAGGACUAACCUAAAUGAUGCAAAUGGUUUUGUGUUCAAAGGGUGCAAUGUGUUUGGGAAAGGUGUAUCCUAUUUAGGAAGACCAUGGAGAGGUUUUUCAAGGGUUCUAUUCUAUCAAUCAAACUUUUCCAAUAUUAUCCAUCCUCAAGGAUGGGAUGCUUGGAAUUUUUUUGACCAUGAGGAGCAGAUAACAUUUGCAGAGUAUGGUAACUAUGGACCUGGAGCUGACACAACAAAGAGAGUGAGAUGGGCGAAGAAACUGAGUCAGCAAACCUUAAAUUUGUUAACUAGCAUGUCUUUCAUUGAUACUGAAAAUUGGAUUCAACAACAACCCUUUUAG